AUGGUAGUGGCACAUCAACGGACAGCCUCCCAUUUUUGGCAGGAGUUACUGUUGAAGCUACUGUUGCUAUCACCGUACCUUGGCGACGCAUUUCCUUUCAACACCGAGGCACCGCAGUCAUUCGCGAACUGCAAUCAACCACCACUGGAUGUGCACCCGAAAGACUGCUGCCAUUUACCAUCGCUAAUCGAUGAGGAUCUACUGCGAAAUUGCAAGAAUCUGUACGGUGGAGAACCGCUCCAGCGGACGCUUAUAUACGAACGUGGCAAGUGUUUCGUAGAGUGUGCACUGAACGCUACGGGGACACUGGUGAACGGUGUGUUGGAUCAGGCGAAAAUAUUAAACGUCAUCGUCACAGCCACACAAAACGACCCACCGGUGAUGCAGCUGUUCCAAGGAAGCACACUGCAAUGCAUACAAAGCGUUACAAGCAUUGUUCCCGAGCAGCCUCCCGCUAGCGGAUGUAAUAAGCUUGGUGUAGACUUUGUUGGAUGUGUCAACAUUCGAAACUUUUUGAACUGCCCACAACACAUCUGGAGCGAUAAUGCGCAGUGCAACAGCUUAAAACAAUUCAUCCUACAAUGUCCGCAACCGUUCUAG